CUGUUUAAUUCUAAAGAUGCCUAGAAGGCAAAUAUUAAACCGUAGUAAGUUAUAUAUUUUAUAAUACAUAUGUUAUUAAUUAAAUUUCUAUGAUAUUUCUAUAUAUUUACAUAUACAGAAUCUUCAUAUACUGCAUGUGCUAAUAAACCAAAAUUUCAAACAUCUGACAUGCAAAACAUUUUUAUAGAUAAUAUAUGUAAAAAUGAUGUGCCUAUAUAUAAAAAUAAAAUAAAAAAUCUAGAGUACAGCUUGAAGGGACAAUGUAACAGUGAAAAAGAAAAUUGGAUUGCAGAGUUUAAGCAAGUUAAUGUAUCAAAUAAUGAUUUAGAGUAAUAAACUAAUGUUAUAAUUUUUAAUUUACAGGUAAACCAUUUAUACAAGUUAAAAAUCAAUAUUUUUAUACAUUAUGUUAUAAUUAAGAAAUGAGUGUGAGCACAUACAAUUGCUUUAUGUCUGAUACUUACAGGAUAAUGGCUGGACAUCAUAAAUUAACCAAAAUUGAAUACUGUAACAGUUUUAAAUGUCUUUAUCGACCAGUUGUACCGUUUUUAGUAUCAAAAUCACAAAAUAUGAAUAUUCCUGUACGAUUUAAUCAUGAUAUUUUAAGUGACAUAGUAACAAAUGCACAAAAACAAUGUUAUACAUUUUCACCUAAAUUAAAGCCAUUUAGAAAUAUAGGAACCCAAACAGAUUAUCGGGAUAGUGACUCACAAACUGCACCUUGGGAUCCACCAUAUAAAAUUAAAUCAGGCCAUUAUCCUGAAGCAUUAUCAAUAGCACAUUUAUCUUGGAAUCAUGGAUUACAAAUUGGAAUUCAUGAUUUAGAAAUCAUUAAUAGAAUGAGAAGAAAAAGAGCAUGGGAAGCAGUUCUUCCUCCUAUGGAUACGCCAGCAAACAUAAAAAAGCGAUCGGCUAUAAUAAAUGCAUUAGAAAUAGAUGAAUGGGCAUUUAGAGAAUCAGAAAUUCAAGCAAUAGUGGAUUAUAGGCUUGAAUUAAUGGAUAAAAUAUCUAAAUCACAAGAAUAUGAAAAAGAAAAAAAGAUUCAAGGCCGUUUGGAUAGAUGGACAAAUUUUUUAUCUAUACGUAGAGAUAAAGAAAUAAACUCUAUUAAACACAAGCUUAGAAGAGAAUUGAGAAAACUAUAUAAAAGACAGCAACAAAAAUCGCAACCUUAUAAACGUGAUAUUAUUAAAGAACAUGAUGAUCCAUCUUCUGAAUUGUAUGCCCCACAAAUGCGUUAUGGCGAACAUCCUCAAAGAAGGCAUGAAGUAAUAGAAAAAGAGUUGUUAGGAGAAGGCUGUAUCGAAAAUGUAACUGAAAUAAAUACAUUGCCAAAUUGGCUUCCAACAUAUGAAGAAUUAAGUGCAUUAAAGCCAAGAUCUAAGUCAGCUGAUUUAUGUAUCAGAGCAACAAGAUGGACAAAAGAAAAGCUAAGUCAAUUACAUAGUGACCUGAAAGCAAGUAGAUCAAGUACUAAGACAAUAGAGGCACCGCUAUUAUUGAAACGCAAGUAUAAAUUGCCAUCUCUACCUUCUACACCAUAUAGAAAAAGCACAGAAGAUAUAACAAAUAAACGUCUGCAUCAAUUGUCUAUACUUAUUCAAAAAAUAAUUAAAGGAAGAGCUAUCCAAUGCAUGAUGUUCGAAGGCCGCAAUAGAUGUAGGGAAUUAAUCGAAGAAUUACGAUCAUCUUAUGGAUUAGAAGAACAUAGUAAGAAACAACAUCAGGAAGAAAAAGCGCAUACGUUAGAAUUACAACAUUUACAAAGUGAAAAAUCUAUGCAAGAAGAUCGUUUGUAUGAAAUUCUUAAUUCUUUAGAAGGAAUGACUAUAUCGGGAAUGCUAGAUUUUCUUAGCAAAGAAUUAAUAAGAUUAGAGGAUGAACGUCGAAUACAUGCUUUCGCAUUAUUGGCUGAAAGAGAAAGAGCUACGAGAGAAGCAGCAGAAGCUGGAAGACGUCAAUUAGAAUAUAAUCGUCGCAGGGAAUUUGACGAAAUGUUUAGGCAAACUAUGAAAGUUAAUCAAGAAUCUGUGGAAAGUUAUUUAGAAGAUAUAAUAAAAGAAGGCAUUGAAUGGAUAUCUGAUGAGGCAGCUAAAGCAUAUAUUUCGGAAUUGUGCGAUAAAAUAGACAGUAUAUCAAAAGCUGCGCAGAACAAUGCAACAAAAUUAUCAGAAGAAGAAAUGGUUGCUAAUAUGAUUUAUAAUUUUGUAUUACCUGAAGUGGAAAGAACUGCUGUACGAAAAAAUAUAAGAGAAAAGCAACAAGUUUAUUUGCAGAAUGCACAUGCUGUAAUUUAUGAAGAGAUAUUUAAUUUACCACUUGUUGAAGACAAAAGUUUAUUAGAUAAAGAAUCUGAAGAAAAGCAUGGCAAAAAAAUUGAAUCACAGAAUUAAAUAUCUUAAAAAAUUAUAAUAAAUAUUAUUGUUCGUUAGAAUAUUUUACUUUCGAUCUUUUGCUAUUUCAUGUUAUAUUACAUUAUUUUAGUUAGAAAUAUGUUCAAUAAUAUACAUUACGCGUACAGAAUUAGAAUGAACACUUGUAAUUCCUUCAAAAAAUAUUGUAAUAAUUAUGUAGAGUAUUAUCUCAAGUGUAUUUUCGCAUAUAAUCACGUAUCGCAACAUAAUAUUUACAAAACAAAAA